AUGCCCUACUACCACCCAGCAGUCCGUGGUAUCGGCUUCCUCCACCACUUCAAUCCCACAUCACAAGAUGGUGAAGUAUCCAUCCAUUAUUCAUUCUUCGACGCCGAACCCAAAUCACCUAAACUCGAAAAAACAGCCGAGCAUCUCCUCGCCGUCCUCCAUAAACACGGCAAAGGCACUGCAGCAGGCUAUGUCAAGAGAGUCCAACACGAUAUCAUCAUCCCUCAAAUAAGAACGCAAAACACAUACGCAAGAUUAAAAGCUAAAUACGGACGAGAUCUCUGUACGAAUUGGGCCGAGACUACUGAUCCCACCAAACAUGUAUUUGAAGAUCUCGCCAUCGCGGCGUUCUUAAUCGAGCUGUGGCAGGAUAUAUACAAAAACCAAGACUUCCCCGGAUUCGUAGACAUCGGCUGUGGAAACGGUCUUCUCACGCAUAUCCUCAUCGAAGAAGGCUACUCAGGCUGGGGAUUCGACGCUCGGCGGCGGAAAUCGUGGGAGAAUUGGAGUGCGAAAGCUCAGGAGAAUAUCAAAGAAAUGGUAUUGAUUCCACAGAUGUUACAAACCACCCCAAACGAAACCGACGAAGACCAAACCGGCGUCAAAAUAACCGAAGAAACCAAAAUCCACAACGGCGUCUUCCCCCAAGGUACCUUCAUAAUAUCCAACCACGCCGACGAACUCACGCCUUGGACACCCAUCCUCGCCACGCUCUCGCGCUCUGCCUUCAUGAUGAUCCCGUGCUGCAGCCACGCUCUCAGCGGUGCGCGGUUUCGUCCCCCGCCGUCCAAGGAACCCGGGGCAUCGAAAUCGCAGUUCGCGUCGUUGGUCGCGUGGGUGUCGGGGAUUGCGAGGGAUUGUGGGUGGACGGUUGAAACGGAGAUGUUGAGGAUUCCGAGUACGCGGAAUACGGCUGUUAUUGGGCGGAGGAGGGAGAGGGGGUGGGAGGAGGUGGAUGUGGAGGGGUUGGUGGGGGAGUAUGGGGGAGCGAAUGGGUGGGAGGAGAAUGCUUUGAAGUUGGUUAAGGGGGCUGCGAGGGGGCAUUGA